UUUCAAAAGAUUCUCUCUCUCUCUCUCUCUCUCAAGACUCUCUCAUUCUAGGGUUUCGUACUUUCUAGAAGAAAUCGCAUUAGCUUUUUUUCCAAAAAAUGGCAGACUCUUCAGAACACAAACAGCCAUCAGAGACUUCGGUUGAGGAAAAUAAGAAAGGGCUGAAGUAUCUGGAUUUCGUACAAGUGGCGGCGAUCUACAUCGUGGUAUGCUUCUCGAGUCUCUACGAGUACGCGAAAGAGAACGCCGGUCCGCUUAAACCGGGGGUUCAGACCGUCGAAGACACCGUCAGAACCGUUAUCGGACCGGUCUACGACAAGUUCCACGACGUUCCCUUCGAGCUCCUCAAGUUCGUCGAUCGCAAGUUAGACGAGUCCAUGGGCGAGUUGGAGAAGCACGUACCGUCACUGGUGAAGCAAGCAUCGAGCAAGGCCUUGAUAGUGGUUCACAAGGCGCCAGAGGUGGCUCUAGCCGUGGCUUCGGAGGUGCAGCGAGCCGGCGUGGUUGACACAGCGAAGAGCGUCUCAAGGACCGUUUACACCAAGUACGAGCCAGUGGCUGAGCAUUACGCUGUAUUGGCUUGGCACUCGUUGAAUCGGCUCCCGCUGUUCCCUCAAGUGGCUCACAUAGUUAUCCCCACGGCUUCUUACUGGUCCGACAAGUACAACCAGGUGGUUUGCCAUUCGGCACAGAGUGGUUGUGCCGUGGCAACAUAUCUGCCGUUGGUUCCCAAGGAGAAGAUAGCUAAGGUUUUUAAAGAGGCUGAUAGUGGGCCCGCUGUUACAACCAAUGGUGAAGCUGUUGCCAUGUCACAGUGACUUCCGUUGAUUGGUUUUGGGUUUAAUCAAUGGCAUCAUGAUCAUAAAAUUCUUAAAAAGGGUUGCAUAAGGGGUUUUGUCUGGUAGAAUUGUAGUUACUCUUUUUUACGUCUGCUAAACCUUUUUUUUGAACUGUUGUAAUUUUGGGGACUUGCAGAUUCCUUUGAGCUAUCAGCUGUGUGAUUUUGGUCUGAACUGUGGAAUUUAGCUAUGGCCUAUGUGAUUUUGGUCUCUCUCUUUUUUUGUCAA